GUUAUAUGUGUCACCAUCUGUCACACUCACACUAAGCAUUUGCACUCACAGACCGCAGUAGUGUCUAGGAAGUCAGGAGAUACCUGUCAAAAAGCAAAAUUCCCUUUAAAUGAGACUCGCGAGAGAUUCUGUAAAAAUGAUUUUAGUUGCAUUUCUAUUAAUUUAGGCUAAAGUAAUGUAUGCCAAUACAAACGUAUUAGAAGACAUUUUAACUCGUUGUUUAAGUAAUAGUACUUACGCUGACGAUAGGCACCAUGGUGCAGUGCCAUCCGCCUUUGGAAAUAGAGGAACUACCAAAAGAAGACGAAGAAAGACUAGAAAAGCUAUUUUCUAAAUUAGACACCGAUGGAAAUGGAAAAAUUGACAUCCACGACCUGUCUGUUGCACUCAAGGAGUUGGCUCCACACAUAAAUCGCAGCUAUGCAGAGAAAUUUCUGGCAAAAACCGGAAAAGAUCCUGGCGAUGUUACACUAUCAGAGUUCAUACACUAUGUGCGAGAGCAUGAAAAGAAUCUUAAGCUGCAGUUCUCCCAUUUGGAUAAAAAUAAGGAUGGAAAAGUUGACUUGGAAGAACUGAUAUCGGCUUUUGCUGACUUAGGGAUUGCAAUAGGCAGAAAUGAAGCAACAAAUUUAUUGAAAAGGAUGGACCAGGACGGGAGCCUGAAUAUCAGUUACGACGAAUGGCGGGACUACCUCCUUCUGGCACCGGCGACCGAUAUUCACGCGCUCAUCCAUUUUUGGCGGCACUCCACUUACCUCGACAUCGGCGAGGAUAUGAACGUGCCUGAUGACUUCACUCAGAGCGAGUUACAAACAGGGAAAUGGUGGCGACAUCUACUCGCUGGUGGCAUCGCUGGCGCCGUUAGUCGGACGUGCACGGCUCCACUCGAUAGACUUAAAGUAUUUUUACAGGUGAACCCUACUAGAGAAAAUAUGACCAAAUGCUUAGCAAAAAUGAUAAACGAAGGUGGUAUUAGCGGUUUGUGGCGAGGUAACGGAAUAAAUGUUAUAAAAAUUGCGCCUGAAUCGGCGUUAAAGUUUGCUGCGUACGAGCAAGUCAAACGACUGAUAAAAGGAGAGAAGAAUAAUCAACCGCUAGAGAUAUACGAGAGGUUCGCCGCCGGGGCCACAGCCGGCGCGAUUAGUCAAACUGUGAUUUACCCACUAGAGGUGCUAAAGACAAGAUUAGCUUUAAGAAAAACAGGGCAAUAUAGCGGCAUCAUGGAUGCGGCGAGAAAGAUAUAUGCUAGAGAAGGACUAAAGUGUUUCUAUAAAGGAUACAUUCCAAACAUCCUGGGUAUAGUGCCUUACGCCGGCAUAGAUCUUGCGGUAUACGAGACGCUGAAGAAGAAGUACAUAAAUAAAUACCAAGCCCACAAUGAGCAGCCGGGUGUUUUGCUUCUGCUUGCGUGCGGAAGUGCCUCAUGCACGCUGGGACAAGUCUGCUCCUACCCUCUCGCCCUGGUGCGGACAAGGUUGCAAGCGCAAGAGAAAGCUGCGAAAGGCGCCGAGGGUACGAUGCGAGGUGCUUUCCGCGAGAUCGUCCAACGAGAGGGGGUUCGCGGCCUGUACCGCGGAAUCACGCCUAACUUCAUCAAGGUCAUCCCGGCCGUGUCCAUCUCGUACGUGGUGUACGAGUACGCGAGCCGCUCGCUCGGCGUCAACAUGACGUGAUGACGCACCCGCACCCCACCCCAACCCCGCUUGCAUGCUCUGGGCGCGUGUCGGUCUCUGCCACUCCACUACACACGCGACUCAGCUCGAGACAACAUCACAUUCUAAUCUAAGCAUAUGUAGGAAAUUUUUGCAUUUUUAUGUAAAUAGCUCUCGUAUACGUUAAGUCUAUUAUUUAUUUUACUGUCAAUUUAUUCCAUUUUAAAUUAAUGAUACCGUAUGAAAUUGUUUAACGUGCAUUGUCUGUUAACUUAGGUUUUGUAACACGUUGACAUAUUCUAAUUUAAAUUGGUACGAACGUGUUAAUAUAACGUUAUGGCUUAUGCCAUCUGUGAUUAUUUAAUAAAAAUAUAUUUUUUUUUA